AUGGUCUUGGCAAUAGCCACACCAAUACCUUCGAGAGUGGGAUUUGAGCAGUUUGUUCAAGUGGUUGUAGUUGCAGUGAAUAAUCUUGGUUCACAGCAGGUAGACAUACUUGACGUGGUUUGCAGUCCAACUCCCUGGCAGCCUCAGGGAGUAACAGCCAGUGGCAUGGAAGCCAAGGAGGAGUGGGAGGAACAGCUGGAGGCCACAGUUGUUACAGGCAACAUUCAUAUGGAGGAGCAACGUCCACUGAAUAAAUCCUCAUUGUCAGUGUUUCUUCUCCUGGACUUCUCUGAAGUUUGGGAGGUGCAGAUUCUACAAUUUGUUGGAUUCCUUGUCUUUUACUUGGCAACUGCUGCAGGAAAUCUUCUGAUCAUCGCUGCCAUAGCUUCUGACCAUCACUUGCACACUCCCAUGUACUUCUUUCUGAUGGACUUGGCGAUACAUGAUGUGGGCCAAGUUUCAGUUAUUUUCCCCUCAGCAAUGGCCAAUAUUCUCACAAAUUCCAGACACAUUUCUUAUUCUGGAUGUGUUGCUCAAGUUCUCUUCUAUAUCUUCUUUUUAUCAACAGAUUUCAUUCUUCUGACAGUCAUGGCCUAUGAUCGCUAUGUUGCCAUUUGCAAUCCACUUCAUUAUGCGAUGGUGAUGAAUAUGGAAGCCUGCCUCAGGAUGGUGACUGCUAUAUGGGUCAUCAGUUUCCUCUAUGGAGCACUACACACUGUUGGCACCUUUGCAGCCCCAUUUUGUUCUAAUGUUGUCAAUCAGUUUUUCUGUGAAAUCCCACAAUUACUCAAGCUUACCUGUUCGGACCUGUACUUGGUGGAAGUUGGAGCUCUUUUGUUAAGUGGUUUGCUUGGUUUAGGGUGUUGCAUUUUCAUUAUUAUUACUUAUGUGCACAUUUUCAUGACAGUGAUGAAAAUCCCAUCUCUUCAGGGAAGGCAAAAAGCUUUGUCAACUUGUCUCCCCCAUCUCAUUGUUUUCUCCAUAUUUGUAUUCACAGGCUUUUCUGCUUACUUCAAACCUACCUCUGACGCCCCAUUACCUCUUGAUUUGGCAUUAACUCUGAUAUAUUCCAUGGUUCCACCUCUAAUGAAUCCCAUAGUCUAUGCAAUGAGAAACAAGGAAAUUAAAAAUGCUCUCUCUAAGCUGCUAGUGUAUACAUACUCUUUUAGUCAUAGUCUCGUUCAGCAUAGGUGA